CCCCGAAGAGUGGGCAAGGUUUGGUUUGUUUGCCUUUUAUUGUACCUAUCGGAGCAGCGGGAAGGUGCGCUAGGCCAGACUCCGUAGAGCUCCGCAGCGUGCGGUGUUUUACCCGGGCUGCAGCCCCCACCACUCGGCCCGGCGAGUUUCUCCGCAGCCGGCGCUGCCUCGGGCGCACUCAGCUGACCUGGGGGUGGAGCCUGGCCCGGACGGGCCGCACGACCCUGGAGAGUGAGAGCCGUCCAGUCCCCUUCCCGCUCUUCGCUGACCGCGAGAGGAACCAACCCUCUGCGUAGUGCUGGCUCCCGAGAUGCGUCUGCACCUGCUCCUGCUGCUUGCUCUGUGCCCAAGAGGUUCCCCUGCCGAGACGCACAGCUACAGCCUGCGGGGAAGCUGGAGGAUCCACAGCGGGAACCACUCGGUGCAGCUGCUCGGGACGGUCCCUGGCUGCGUGCAUAGUGCCCUGUUCCAGCAGGGCCUGAUUCAGGAUCCUUACUAUAGAUUUAAUGACCUCGAGUACAGGUGGAUUUCUUUGGAUAACUGGACCUAUAGCAAGGAAUUUAAAAUUCCGUUUGAGAUAAGCAAAUGGCAAAAAAUAAAUCUGGUUUUUGAUGGAGUUGAUACAGUUGCACAAAUUCUUUUUAAUAAUGUCACUAUUGGGAAAACAGAAAACAUGUUCAAUGAAUAUAGGUUUGAUAUUACUCAUGUGGUCAGAGACGUGAACUCCCUUGAAGUGCGUUUCCAGUCUGCGGUGUUGUAUGCGGCCCAGCAGAGCAAAGCGUACCGGAACUACCAGGUGCCGCCUAACUGUCCUCCGGCAGAGCAGAAAGGCGAAUGUCACGUCAACUUUAUUCGAAAGGAGCAGUGUUCUUUCAGCUGGGACUGGGGGCCUGCCUUUCCCACCCAGGGCAUCUGGCGGGAUGUUAGAGUGGAAGCCUAUGAUGUUUGUCAUCUGCGCUGCAUUACGUUUUCCCCAAUGUAUGACAGCAGUGCCCAGCAGUGGAAUCUUGAGAUACAGUCUUCUUUUGAUGUUGUGAGCUCAAAGCCAGUCAGUGGCCAAGUGAUUGUAACCAUCCCUAAAUUGCAAGCCCAGCAGAUUCACAAUAUUAGCCUUCAACCUGGGGAAAGGAUGGUUGAGUUGCUUGUGAAGAUUAGCAAGCAUGUUACUGUAGGAACUUGGUGGCCCCACGGACACGGAAACCAGACCAGGUACAACAUGACAGUUCGUUUUGAACUAGACGGAGGCUUAACUAUAGAAAAGUCACUUAAGGUUUACUUUAGGACAGUAGAACUUGUAGAAGAACCCAUAAAAGGAUCUCCUGGCUUGAGUUUCUACUUCAAAAUUAAUGGAGUUCCUAUAUUUCUGAAAGGCUCAAACUGGAUCCCAGCAGAUUCAUUCCAGGAUCGAGUAACUUCUGAUAUGUUACGACUCCUUUUGCAGUCUGUUGUGGAUGCAAACAUGAAUACUCUUCGUGUUUGGGGAGGAGGGAUUUAUGAGCAGGAUGAAUUCUAUGAACUCUGUGAUGAACUAGGAAUAAUGAUAUGGCAGGAUUUCAUGUUUGCCUGUGCCCUUUAUCCCACUAAUCAGGGCUUCCUGGACUUAGUGAGAGCAGAAGUUGCCUACCAGGUCAGGAGACUCAAGUCUCAUCCAUCCAUCAUCAUAUGGAGUGGCAAUAAUGAAAAUGAAGCAGCACUGAUGAGGAAUUGGUAUUCCAUAGUACCCAGUGAGCUGGAAACCUACAUGAAUGACUAUGUGACUCUCUAUGUGAAAAACAUGAGAGAAAUUGUCUUCUCAGGAGACAAGAGUCGUCCAUAUGUUGUUUCCAGUCCUACAAAUGGGGCCAAAACCAUCGCGGAAGGAUGGCUCUCUGAGGACCCCUAUAGCUGGCAGUUUGGGGAUGUGCAUUUUUAUGACUAUAUCAGUGAUUGCUGGAACUGGCGUGUUUUCCCAAAAGCUCGAUUUGUGUCUGAGUAUGGAUACCAGUCCUGGCCUUCCUUCAGUACCUUACAAAAGGUCUCGUCUAAAGAGGACUGGUCUUAUCUUAGCAAAUUUGCACGUCAUCGACAACACCACCCAGAUGGUAACUCUGAAAUGCUUCUGCAAGCGGAGCUCCAUUUCAGACUCCCCAACAGCACAGAUCCAGUACGCACAUUCAAAGAUACCAUCUACCUCACUCAGGUGAUGCAGGCCCAGUGUGUCAAAACAGAAACUGAAUUCUACCUCCGCAGCCGCAGCGAGAUAGUGAACGGAGAAGGACACACCAUGGGAGCACUUUAUUGGCAGUUGAAUGACAUCUGGCAGGCUCCAUCCUGGGCUUCUCUAGAGUAUGGGGGCAAGUGGAAGAUGCUUCACUACUUUGCUCGGCGUUUCUUCGCUCCGCUUCUGCCCGUGGGCUUUGAGAGACAGGAAGCGCUCCACAUCUACGCUGUGUCGGAUCUCCAGUGGGACGCCAACGUCACACUCACUGUGAGAGUCCACGCGUGGAGUUCCCUGACACCCGUGUGCUCCUUCAUCACUAACCAUUUUGUGGUUAAAGCCGGCAUGGCCACGCCCGUUUAUCAGGAGCCCGUGUCGACACUGAUGGAACGCUGUGGGAAUUGUAACCGGGAAAGCUGCGUAGUUUCCUUUUUCUUUUCAACGGGUUCUGAACUCUUCAGCCCAACCAACUAUCAUUUCCUGUCCUCCCUGAAGAAGGCUGCCGGGCUCCUCAAGGCACAGAUCACCGCCAGAAUCUCUCAGAAAGGCGACACAUUUGUGUUUGAUCUGAAAACCUCCGCUGUUGCUCCCUUUGUGUGGUUGGAUGUUGGAAGCAUCGCAGGGAGAUUUAGCGACAAUGGUUUCCUCAUGACCGAGGAGACGAAAACUGUGCUGUUUCACCCUUGGAAACCCACCAACAGGAGUGAAUUGGAGCAAUCUUUUCAGGUGACCUCCUUAACAGAUAUCUACUGAGUGAGUCCAGGUUAUAUUUUUGGUGGAUGCUGGGAAUGGAGUCUUCCUAAAGCCAACUGGAAGGCAACCAG